GGGAAAUACAAUGGUUUCAUAUAAGAUAGAUAUUUCCUACCCAGCACUAGUACCAUAGCUGAGACAUUAGAACAACUAUGAGUCCGACAGUUAGAAAUCUCUCUUUCUACUGACUUUAUCAAUAUGGUAUCCUUUAACAUGUUAUGGAAGCUUUGUGUAGUUGUGGCCUUCGGGCUCUCUGCCACGGCCACUUCUACUGAGGUAGCCCAGGAGCAACCCAAGAAGGAAUCACUGGUCAGCGGAUUCUCCGGCACGGAAGACGAACAUGGCACCGAACCAGUGGAAGUAAAUGAAGAAGAGAUUACUGAGACACAAGAAAACACUGAAACACAAGGGCUACCACUGCAUGCAAUCGAUCGAUUAUUGUAAUGCCAUCAAUAUACUCAGGGAUAUGAACACCAAUGUUGACUUACCGGGGUCAAUUUCCAACAUAAAAACGUGGGAGCCUUUUGCAUUCACAUACAGACUGGGAUCUAACAGCGAACAACGUUGAAUCGACUUUCUGUUGCAUUAAAGGUAUUAUUGGACUUCUAUACCCAAUACAAAUAAUGGAGGAGGUUUCUGAUAUUACAAAUCUAUGCAUAGCAACAUGAUUCAGUCGUUGCCAAAACACGAAAACAUACGGGGACCACCAUAGUUGAAUAGGUUACCUGCCAUGCAUUUUUGUAGCGCGUAUAAGAUGUAGUGGCCCUCUAGAGCUCAUAAUACAACACAUGCUUCAUCUCCUGUUGUUAUGAUGACCCAGAUAAUAACACAAUGGCAUUACAAAAUUCCUAUUAUAGUCUACACUACAGU